AUGGCUACUUCCAAGUACACCGACUUCACUCAAAAAGAUUUCGUCUACAAAACUGUCAACAAUCACAAAAUCUCCACCACUGUCCUUGUUCCGAAAAACAUCAAACCAGGGAAACAUCCACUGCUCGUCCACUUCCACGGCGGGUUUCUGAUAUGCGGAUCUAAACUCUACGAAGAAUGGCAUGCAACAUGGACAAUCCAAUUAGCAGCGCAAAAGAACGCCAUCCUCGUCACACCAAACUACCGACUCUUGCCCGAAGCAAACGGUAAACAAGUCCUCGACGACAUUACAGACUUUUGGUCUUGGACAAAAACCUCACUACCUACAGAAGUGGACAAAAUGGCAAAAGGUGUAGACGUGGAUCUAAACAACGUACUGGUAGCCGGAGAAUCAGCAGGCGGAUACCUAGCCAUCCAAUCAGCACUGCUUUUCCCUGAUGCUGGGAUCAAAGCAGUGAUAUCGCAAUACGGCAUGCUAAACAACAAAAUCGCCCACUUUGCGCAAAGAGGGGAAAAGCACAUGGCUGGGGCGCCCCAGCAACCAGAGUCUGAAAUCGAUGAUUAUUUGAGAGACAUGAAGGAAGGAGCGGUGAGGACAGAAACGCAUCCGUGGGAGUUGUGGUUGUUUAUCUGUGCUACUGUGCAGGCUGGGCGGUAUUUGGAGUUCUUGGGCGAUGGGGAAGGUGUGCAUGCGAUUGACAAUCUUGAGACGGCCAAGAGUGUCCCUGCAUGUUGGGUCAUUCAUGGCAAGGAGGAUUCGCUGGUAAGUCUAGUGAGGGAGAAUGGAACGAGACGAGCUCGGUUGCUGACAGAUAAAAGGNUGCCUAUUGAAGCCUCGAACAACUUUGUUGACAAGCUUAAGCAAACCCAUCCUGAUACGCCUUUGAGGUACACGAUACAACCUGGCGAGCAUGGAUUCGAUGGUGCAGUGACCAUGGAUGCAGACUGGGUUAAGGAAGGUUGUGCUUGGCUUGACCAAUAUUGGCCUUGA